UGCGUUGAAAUUACUUUUGUCUGAUUUACGGGAUAAAUACAAAAUCGACUACAUAUUGACGUAUCGCCUAAAUCAAGAUGUUUUGGAAAAUUUUUUUGGCAUUAUUAGAUCGAAAGGAGGGCUUCACGACCACCCUGACCGCCAAGAGUUUAAAUAUAGGCUGCGGUCAUACAUACUUGGGCACAACGAAGGUGUAUUGUCUGAAGGAGGGAACGUUGAGGUCGACGACACCCCAGACUUAGAAGGGAAUUAUUUAUCUCUAACCGGUAACAUGUUUCAACGGGUCUCAGUUGAGAUGAACUCCACUGAUGUAUCUGAGCAAAGUGAAGAUUUAGAAGUCCUGAACAUCGACGGUUUGGAGAAUUUGGCAGGAUACAUCUGCCACAAACUUGGAAAAGAUAAUCCGGAAAUCUGCAUGAAUCCAGAAACUGAUUCGUCAUAUACUUGGGUGAAUCAUGUUUCUGAAGGAGGACUUUCAAAGCCAACUGAUAUGUUGAUGGAGCAUAUGAAAGCACUGCUAGCAGUUUUUGAUGAGGUGAAUGGCAGUGAAUUGUAUAUAUGUAAAGAUUAUCUUAAGAAACACUUAGACCUAAGUAGUCAUGUAAAUUGUAGUCAAAAAGUAAAAGAACUGUUUUUUAGAGCUAGAAUGUAUUUCAGAAUCCGAUCACAAAAUAAGUCUAUUGUAGAAAAUCAAUACAGUAAAAAGCGUAAAUUGAAUAAAACAGUAACUUGAAUUCCCAAACUUAAACUAUUUUUUAU